UCCCAUUUCGGUAGCUUUCCAAUUGACGCCUCGUAGUCCAGUAGCAAAAUCUACAGCUCCAGCUCCAGCUCCAAUGGCACUCUUCCUCUCCUCCGCCUCCAUCCUCGUCGCACCCGCCAAACCCUCUUCCUCUCCCCCUUCCUCGUUCGGUGCCUGCCCCACCGCUCGCUUCCACUCCUCUGCCUUCCUUGCCGACAACCGUUCUCUCUCCCUCCUCCCCUUCCGCCGCAAGAAACCUCGUUGGCGGCGCGGCGCUGAUGAGUUCUCUAGCUUCAUCAGUGCGUCCACCGAUUUCUACUCCACCCUCGGAGUGCCCAAGUCCGCCAGCAUCAAGGAGAUCAAGGCCGCCUACCGAAGAUUGGCUCGCCAGUACCACCCUGAUGUUAAUAAACAACCUGGAGCAACAGAAAAAUUCAAAGAGAUAAGUACUGCAUACGAGGUGCUGUCAGAUGAUAAAAAGAGGGCUUUAUAUGACCAAUAUGGUGAAGCUGGAGUGAAGAGCGGGGUAGGUGGUUCAGCUGGAGCGUACACGACCAAUCCUUUUGACCUAUUUGAGACCUUUUUUGGUGCAAGCAUGGGUGGUUUCUCUGGCAUGGAUCAAACUGCAUUUAGAACACGUAGACGUGGAGCUGCUAUGAAGGGUGAAGAUCUACGGUAUGACAUAAUUUUGGAGUUUUCAGAGGCUAUCUUUGGAGCAGAAAAGGAAAUUGUUUUGUCUCAUUUGGAAACAUGUGAUAUCUGUGCUGGUAUGGGAUCAAAAAUUGGCUCCAAGAUGAGAAUAUGCUCAACUUGUGGUGGAAGAGGCCAAGUAAUGCGAACUGAGCAAACACCCUUUGGAAUGUUCUCUCAGGUCUCCAUUUGCCCAGCUUGUGGGGGAGAAGGUGAAAUUAUUUCAGAGUAUUGCUGGAAGUGUGCUGGAGAAGGUCGCAUACGAGUUAGAAAGGAUAUCAAAGUAAAAAUUCCACCAGGUGUUAGCAAAGGCAGUACUCUUCGUGUGAGGGAUGAAGGUGAUGCAGGACCAAAAGGGGGUCCACCAGGUGAUCUUUAUGUAUGCCUUGACAUUGAAGAAAUUUCUGAAAUUCAACGAGAUGGCAUUAACUUGUUCUCAACUGUUACCAUUGAUUUCAUUGAAGCCAUCUUAGGGACCACUGUUAAGGUCAAGACAGUUGAUGGGAUUGGUGAACUUCAGGUACCUCCUGGUACCCAACCUGGUGACGUGGUUGUUCUAGCAAAAAGAGGUGUCCCUAAGUUAAACAAGCCAUCAAUGCGCGGUGAUCAUUUAUUCAAUAUCAAAGUAACUAUACCAAGUCGUAUCAGUGGACAAGAACAAGAGUUGCUUGAAGAACUUGCAUCUUUGAGAAGUAAUUCUGUCCGCCGCCCAAGUUCUCACCCAAAUACAAAAACACAGAUUGAUACUACAAAAAGAAGUCAAAAGAGCAUGGAGGCACAGGAUUCAGAGCAAGAGCAACCAAGUCAAAAUGACUUUUGGCAGUCAUUAAAGGACUUUGCUGGGUCUGUUGCUAAUGGAGCACUUAAAUGGCUAAAAGACAACCUUUAGCCGGAAAGUUACCCUCGCUGCUGACAAAAGAUGCUACCCCUUAUUUUGCAAGAUCAAGUCCGCACCAUGUACCCUCGAAAUUGCAUUUUUUUUUCAUAGCUACCAUCCUCAUUUACUGUCAGGCGCUAGUUGUUGUUGAUCGUCGUCGUCGUCUGACAAAGAUAGAUCAGGGGCGUAUAUCAAAUUCUUUUCAUCCCAUGUUUUCCAACCCCACUUUCAUGUACAGGAGAUAUCUGCAAUAUCAAGACAAAAGGAGUUGCACCUACAGUUUUUGUAAUUUGCACUGGUUGGGGGCAAGUGGAAGAGCUAAUAAAUGAUUCUUUCAUUCA